AUGGCUACCCUACACGAGGCCCUCCAAUGCCUCAAACCGACGUCAUGGGACGAAGUUCCCCGGUCUCCCGACGACCUCCGUGACUACGUGCGUGAGAUCUUCAAAAACAGCCGCCUGGUAGCAGAGUCACUUCCAGAUCCCCCCAUAUCCGAUAAUGAUGAGUACCCUGGGUUAGACAACACGACAAAUUCCUCCGCCAGACGAAUCGUUCCAUCAUCCGCACGAGUGGGAGAAACCGAUCCGGAGAUUACAGACUUGCAAAAGGAAUGGGGGAAGCCGCUCAAAAUGGGUGGACCAAAAGACAAUCCUUUAGACGUGACUGUGUGGAAACUUUCCGCGAAUGACGGCAAGGGCUCAUGGUUCGGGCGACGGAGUGUACAUGAAGGCCUCCCAUUCUCACAGUGGCGGAAGAAGCUUUCAACUGAGUACGAUGAAACUCUGAAAAUAAACCGCAAAAAGAUUGAGAAGGGACAGACGCCUGACAAGAGCAUCCGUGGGAUCGGCGCCGAAGAAAAGAUCGAGACUAUUGAGAUUAAAGACCAUGAUAGUUCGAUUCUCGGAGAUUUAAUGGUUUACCAUGUCUCGGCACAGUUUCCUAAACCUACUGCUCCACGCGAUUUUGUGGAGUUGAUCAUCAAUUCGGAUUCUGGAUUACAAGCUGGCGGGACUAAGCAGCCUGGGCGCAGCUGGAUAAUGAUAUCUAAGCCGUGUGAUCACCCCGAUAUCAGGCAUAAGCCGGGGUAUACUCGCGGAGAGUAUGAGUCUAUCGAGCUCAUUCGGGAGAUUCCUAAGAAAGGUGGCAGUGAGAGCAGUUCUCCUAGCCAGGGGAGUAAGAAGCAUACUGCUCCAUCCUCCGCCCUGCAACCCCCUGUGGGGCUACCUGAACAUGACGGAGCUGGGGAUGAUGAAGACGAAGAAAUGAAUCCUGUUGAAUGGAUCAUGGUCACCAGGAGUGACCCAGGCGGCAACAUCCCGAGGUGGAUGGUGGACAAGGGAACACCACGAAGUGUGGGGACGGACGCUGCUAAAUUCAUCAACUGGGCUGUUCAAGAUGACAAGCCGCCUAAGCAAGAAGCAGGCACAGGUGCAGAAGCUGAAAAUACUCCAGCAGGCGCCAAGUCUAAAUCUGGGGACUUUGCGAAUGAAUACGCCUCCGACCAGACAGGCGACUCGGACUCGGAUUACGAAUCGCUCGACAGCGACGGCGAGCAUUCGCAUCAUGGUCUGAUCGCCAGCGUGACCGGCUUGCUUAAUAUCGGACUAGAACGGCUCGCACCACAAGUCCUAGGCUAUGGCCAUGGCGCCCAGACCAGGAUAUCGGGGGAUCUCCCACCUGCAGACGAGGUUUCUCAUAUCGAUGCACAUGGCAUGGCACACUUAAGCCCAAAAAGCGUUCAACAAAAUAACUCAGCGUUGGACGCCGAAUCUUCAAGAUCUGGCGAGCGCGACAAUGCUUCAUUUUCCUCAGGCAAUUCCGAUCAAGCCGCAACUGCGAUCAAUGAGGUAGCACAAAAUAACAUGUCCCCAGAGGAAUUGAUCAAAAUGACAAAGAAUAGCAAGCUCACUUCACACGAGAAAGAGCUCGCAAAGCUAGCCAUUCGCAAACGUGAGGUCGAAGCCCAACUAGAUGAAAUCCGCGCCGAACUCGACAAGCUUCAGAUCCCGUCGCAACCGCCUCCUGUCUCAGGAACUCCACUGAACGGCAUCAGCGAAGCAGAAAGUGAUACUAGCGGAAUGCGCAAUCGCUCAGCGACGAACAGGUCUUCUAGACCCCCCAGCACUCUCACACAACAGAGCCAGAGCCAGAGCCAAUCGCAGGGCAAGAUCAGCAAUGAAGACCAAUCUUCUUCGCGAACGGCAACACCCGACCGGCCAGCGCAUCUCUCCAAAGCAGCCUCUCACUUUUUGAACGGGGAAUCUAAGCUGCUUAGGCAACUACGCAAAAUUGAGGCUAGCCAGCUAAAGGUUGCAUCAAAGAUUCAAUCGAAGCAGCGAAAGGAGGCGGAGCGGUCGGAGAAGUCCAAGUCCAAGAAUAAAUCUGAGGUUGAGGCCUUGAAGCACGAGGUACAUGAUCUCAAGAAGGAGCUCAAGCAGCUUCGCUCUGAGCGCCAGAAAUGGAUCGAUCUUGUUUCAUCGUUGCAGGCGGAGAAUACGAAGUUGGCCGCCAAGUCGGAGAAUGCUUAA